AUGGUCCAAAUCGCAACUUUCGCUCUCGCCUUCACCGCUGCCCUCUCCAGCUUCGUGUCUGCCGGUCCUCUAGAGAACCGUGAGACCGCCAUCAAGGGCUGCACCAACGGUGGAAUCUACUGCGGCUUCGCUUUGAAGCAGAAGUCCGCCGACUAUAACUACAGAAUCAACGAUGCCCUGAACGCCGCUGGUACUAGCACAGAUAUCAAGCACACCGACCAGUCCAUCUUCAUCUGCGGCGGUGACAACUACAUCACCUUUGAUCAGUUUUGCCCCAACGGCUGCGUUGGUGGUACCAAGGAUGAUGACUACUGCAGCGACACUGAUGCCAAGCGUGGUAUGAAGUUUGGGGAGCGCUCUGAGGAGUAA